CCCAAGCGUAGUUGAAGCCCUAUGUAAUUAUUUAUUCUAUUUAUUUGAGAGAAUGAAAUCAUGAGAAAAAUUAUUUGGUCUAAAUUGUAAUUCCCACUGCGUCACUAAUGCAUUACAAUAAUGGAAAGUGAAAAUGAGUGAGUAAAAUCAACUCGAAUGAUUUUCUAACCUCAAACGCCACGUCCUCGAUUACAAAUAAGCAUCAUUAACGCUUGUAGAACUAAUCAUUCAGCUAUUUGUUUACAUAAAAGCUCAAAUCUGGCGCAUAUAAAUACAAAUUAUAAAAUGAGGAGGUCCCACGGAAAUUACGAACCUUUGCAAUCUACUAGUGCUGGUUUUGAUCAUAUGGAAGAAGAAAAUGAAAGAAUGACUGGUGAACUGAAAGACAAAAUUGGCAUUCUCAAAUCUCUAUCAAUUGAUAUUGGCAAUGAAGUUAAAUAUCAAGAUAAAUUCCUUAAAGGAUUUGAUGAUGAUAUGGACAAUACUGGUGGAUUUUUGGGAAAUACGAUGAGGAAAGUUAAAAUGUUAGGUAAAGGGGGGCACAAUUAUUAUAUGGUGUAUAUGUUUUUAUUUGCUAUGUUUGUUUUCUUUGUUUUGUAUUUAACUAUUAAGUUUAGGUAAUGUAUUA